GAGGUAGAGGCAGGUAGAUCUCUUGAGUUUGAGACCAGCUGGUCUACAGAGUGAGUUCCAGGACAGCCAGGGCUACACAGAGAAACCCUGACUUGAAAAAGCAAAUCCAAACCAAACCCAAAAAAGAUAAAAGAAAGGAGAAAAAAAAAAAAAAGUUGGAAUGGUGGAGCACGCCUUUAAUCCCAGCACUUGGAAGACAGAGGCAAGUGGAUCUCCGAAUUCCAGGCCAGCAUGGUCUACAGAAUGAGUUCCAGGACAACAGCCCGGGCUGCUACACAGAGAAACCCUGACUCAAAAAAACGAAAAAAAAAAAAAAAGAAAAGAAAAGGAAAUAAUGUACACUUUGUAGUCGAGGAAACUGAGGUACAAAGAACAGAGGAAGCCUUCCUGAGGGAGAUGAUUACGUUUGAGAGGAAAAUCUGAGCUCAGGCUGGUCAAGCCAAGGAAGACGCGGCUUUGGGAAGAACUGCUGACCUUGCCGAACAAACACUGUCCCGAAUUCAGGAGCCUGGCCUCUCCCUGCGUCUCCAUGGCAACAGUCUGCACAUGCGCUUUGCGGACCGAGUCUAGGCCUGGCGGAAGCAGGGUAUGCUGCCAGGACAAGAACGCUGGGCGGGCUUUUAAAAGAUCCGUCCCUCCCCCAGUCAGCCUGCAGGCGGGCACUGUGAAGUUCUCUGCCACAUCCUUACCUUACUGGCGUGCUCCACCAUGGCCAGACCUCCUAUGCACGGUUCCGUGAUUGUCCUAGACUGGCAUGAGACAGUCGAGGGCAAGGAGUACUUAGCCUGUAUCCUGCGCAAGAACCGCCGACGGGAGUUUGGGUUGCUUGAACGGCCGGUGCCGCCCCCUUCGGUAGCCAUUGAUACAGCCAGCUACAAGAUCUUUGUGUCUGGGAAAAGUGGUGUGGGCAAAACAGCGCUCGUGGCGAAGCUGGCAGGCCUGGAAGUGCCCGUAGUGCACCAUGAGACCACUGGGAUUCAGACCACUGUGGUGUUUUGGCCAGCCAAGCUAAAGGACAGCAACCGCGUUGUCAUGUUCCGUCUUGAGUUCUGGGACUGUGGGGAGUCUGCCCUCAAGAAGUUUGACCACAUGCUGCCGGCUUGUAAAGAGAAUGCGGAUGCCUUCCUGUUCCUCUUUUCUUUCACUGACCGUGCUUCCUUUGAAGACCUUCCUGGACAGUUGACCCGUGUAGCUGGUGAAGCACCUGGGGUGGUCAAGAUUGUUAUUGGCUCCAAGUUUGACCAGUACAUGCACACGGACGUGCCGGAGCGAGACCUCACAGCCUUCCGGCAGGCCUGGGAACUGCCCUUGUUUCGGGUGAAGAGUGUGCCAGGGCGGCGGCUGGCGGAUGGACGUACCCUGGAUGGGCGGGCCGGGCUGGCUGACACUGCCCAUGUGCUCAAUGGCCUUGCAGAACAUUUGUGGCACCAGGACCAGGUGGCAGCUGGCCUGCUGCCCAGUUCCCCAGAGAAUGCUCCGGGCUGAAGGAUGGUGGCAUCCUGAGUAGAGACUGGGACUCAUGAUCCCCACUUAUCCAUCCCUUGGAUGACCAGGAAGAUGGUGGGACCGAGGGCCCAAGGCUGAUGCAGGAACACUCUUCUACCCUGAGGACUGGUUGGGGAGGGCUCUCACAUGAUGGCAAUGUGGGGACACAAGGCUCCAGAGCUGAAAGGGCUCCUAGCUCCACUACCCUUCACCCUUCUGCAACACCCACAGAGGGUAUGGUGUCGGGGAGGGGGUUACUCAGAAGGACCCUGGACCUCUCUUGACUUUAGCCAGGGGCCUUAUCGUUUGAAGUCACACUAUCCGCUCUAACAGAUAAACUGAAAUCUCAGUG